AUGGGUCUUUUAUCCCUUGGAACUCCGCUCGACUGGAAUACGUCACGUAAACACAAUGAACAUAUAAGAGCAAACGGUAUUGUUCAGUUGCAGAAUAUAUUUCUCCAGCAUAAGAGCCGUCGGAACGACCACUUCUACUGGGGUGAUGAGGUCGAGUAUAUGCUAGUAGACGUCAAUGAGAAGGAGAAGAAAGCCCGACUUGCCAUUGACAAAGACUACAUUUUGGACGAUUUGAACGAUCCAGAAAAGCCCGAGCUUUUGGCGUUGUCCGUGGACAACAAUAUCUCUUUCCAUCCUGAAUAUGGACGCUUCAUGAUAGAGGCAACACCUUUGCGCCCCUACGAUGGUAAUCUGCUUGAUGAUUACUUGUAUGUGGAGGAAAAUAUGGUGAAAAGACGAGAGGUCAGUCAGUCACAACUACCCGAGAAUGUUGUUCCUCUCACAUUGACCUCGUUCCCCAGGAUGGGCUGUGGUGUGUUCACCUCUCCAAGUGCUCGCCCCAUCGGUCCUGCCUCACAAUCCCUUUUCCUUCCAGAUGAGAUCAUCAACAAGCAUAUGCGCUUUCCCACGUUGACCGCAAACAUCCGUAAGCGUAGAGGACAUAAGGUGGCCAUCAACUUGCCGUUUUAUCCUGAUGAGAAUACAAAACUCAUUGACGACUCUAUUCCAAAACGUGAUUUGUUUCCCUCAGAUCAAGAACCAUUUUUAGGUGCUGCAAAGCCUGGUCAUGUUUAUAUGGACCUGAUGGGUUUUGGUAUGGGUUCAUCUUGUUUACAAGUAACAAUGCAAGCUGCUGAUAUCGAGCAAGCCAGAUAUUUGUAUGAUGCAUUGGCUCCUUUGACACCCGUCAUGCUAGCUGUAUCUGCUGCUGCACCUAUCUUCAAAGGCUUUUUGGUAAAUCAAGACGUCAGAUGGAACGUCAUCAGCGGAGCUGUUGACGAUAGAACUUUUGUUGAGAGAGAUUUGGAGCCAUAUCAGGGCUUUGAUCUCUUCGGUGGCUUGGAUGUUGCAGACCUGGUCAAAGCCCACAUCGCUAGUCUCGGUGGCGGACGUGGUGUGAACGGUGACAAACUUGCAAACGCAUACGGCGACACUCUCAUGCAUACACUUGACUCCAAACCAAUCCAGAAGAUUCCCAAGUCGAGAUAUGCUUCGAUUGACUCGUAUUUGAGUGACGAAAAGUAUCAUUCGAGUUCGCCAUACUUCCAAAAAUCGUACAACGACCUUUUCUCUCCAAUCAACAAGAAGGCAUAUGACCAAUUGAUUGCGAAUAAAAACUUCGACGAGCCUCUCGCGACCCACUUUGCCCAUCUUUUCAUAAGAGAUCCGCUUGUUAUCUUCAGUGAACUACUUGAGCAAGAUAAUCAGAUUGAUAAUGACCAUUUCGAAAAUAUCCAGCUGACAAACUGGCAAACUUUGAGAUUCAAGCCCCCAGCGCUAUACCCAAGUAGUUACGGAGAUGAAGAAUUAGCCCAGAAACCAGGAUGGCGUGUUGAGUUCCGCCCAAUGGAGAUCCAGCUUAACGAUUUCGAGAAUGCGGCAUAUUCUGUUUUCCUCAUUCUUUGCGGUAAAGCCAUCCUCAAAUAUAAUCCCGACUUCUAUAUCCCAAUUCUGAAAAUUGACGAGAAUAUGGACACUGCCCAUAAGGUAGAUGCAGCAAGAAGCGAAAAAUUCUGGUUCAAAAACCCGUACAAAUGGAAGCUAGACUUCAAGCAAUUUGAAGGAUACGAUUUGAGCUGGUUCGAUCGCUUUAUCAAUGAUGGCAACGACCUUAUCAGCUCCAAUGGAGUUUACCUCAACGGCUAUUGUAAAGCCAAGGGCAAGGUCGGAUGCGUCCAUGAAGAAAAUGGCCCUAAUGAAGUCAGACUUACAGCAGAUGAGCUUAUCAAUGGUUCUGAGUGCUUCCCGGGAUUGAUUCGCAUGAUCAUCAAGUACAUUGAGGAAGAGUUGUUACCUUCCACAUUUGUCAACAGCUACAAGCACUGCAAAGACAAAGAGACAGCUCGACAAAUGAUUGCUCUCCAGAGCUAUUUGGCUUUGAUCAGCAAGAGAGCUGCAGGCAAAAUCCCAACGAUUGCCCGUUUCCUUCGUGACUUUGUGUUGCAUCACCCUAGCUACAAAAAGGACCUGAAGGUUAGCGAUGCCAUCAAUUACGACUUGGUUGAAGCAUCUAUUGCAAUCACCAACUUUGAUUUGUCGAAGCCGGACCUAUUGAAACAGUAUUUUGGCGACGAGCUCUUCAAUUACCUUAAAGCAAGAGCCAGUGGGAUUUGGACUCCUAAGUAG